UGGCCGGUUGCGCUCUCUGUUUUCAUGGUUCCAUUUAUUUAGACCAGGUGAAAUAUUCAAAGUCUUGGAGCUAAGUGGCGUCGACAAGGCCAUAUCACUACAUAGCUACGUCACUAUAUAUCACUCUUGCCUACCCUUUUCGAGCUACCCAAGUUGUGAACUCCAUCCUUGGGGGCUUCUCUUGUCUGCGCAUCCUUUAUCUUCUUCGGAGUCUGCGGUUUUGAGAGCGUUGAAGAUUUGUAAUACAGACAAAACAUAUGUUCAUGGGUUUCUUCUUAUCUUGAUCAACUUCAAUUUAAUUAAGUAGCUCUCUUUGUCUUGCUCUCAAAACAAUGGAUAUUGGGAAGGCUAUGUGGAGGAAGAACCUGUUUCUCAAGGCAUGGGAAAGGUGCCGAUCUCUCGGUUCUGGUAGCAAGAAAUCUGCAAGAAAUAUUAUUUCCAGCUCUUUGAUAAAGAGCAAAUCAUGGCACUGCACCACAAGAUCAAUCGAAGGAGACAAUGAGAAGCGAAAAAGGAAGAUCAAGGUAGCUCCAGAUGGAUGCUUCUCAGUCUACGUGGGACCUGAGAAACAAAGGUUUGUGAUCAAGACUGAAUUUGCUAACCAUCCAUUGUUCAAGCUGUUGCUAGAAGAUGCUGAAUUGGAAUAUGGGUUCAAUAGCGAAGGUCCAAUAUUGCUUCCCUGCGAUGUUGAUUUGUUCUACAAGGUUUUAGCAGAGAUGGAUAGUGGAGAAGAAGAGAUCAUGAGCAUCCCUAGUUGGAGCCCAUUAAUCCUUUGCAGCCCUUCUCGACGCUCCACUAACAAAGGGUACGGAGCCUAUACGCCAGUCCAUCGCAAGCAGCUGCUAAAGUUGAAUCAAUUGUAACUCUACAUACAUACAUACAACUGUUUGUAAAAGAUCAAAAUUUUCCGUUUUAAGUUGUGUUUUUAUGCACAUGGAUAUACACCAAUACCUGAAGUUUAAUCUCAGUGAAUUUCGCUAUUCAAUACACAAAUUACACAUGCAAUCUCUUUUAUGGAUAGAUCAUAUUUGUAAAUUGAAACUCAGGCGUGGAGAAGGUAGCGGAAAACUAAUUAGAAAAGCAUGAUUUCAUAUAAAA